AUGUCAUCAGUAUUCAAUGACUGCCUUGAACUUCGUUCGAAUUGUGCUGAAGCAAGAAUUGGCGAUGAAUAUCAGGCCAAUUUGGAUUGGGCUGUGUACAGUCCCCAUGAAGCUGAUCGUGAUCAGUGCGUUUGGCGUCCAUCAGCGGCAGUUAAUCCGGAUCAUUUGAGAAAUUUUUUGGAAUGGAUCAAAACUGAACGAGAUAUUGCUGAAGAUGAAGCCUUAUACAUUUUGCAUCAAAGCGAUUAUUCGAUCGAGAAAGCGAUGGAAAGACUGCAGCAAUUGGUGCAGCGUAAGAUUUCCCCUAAAACAAUGAGAAUAUUUAAGAAUGGCUUUCAGCAGUGCCGCAGACGUUUUUCAAUCAAUCAGAUGAAGCUAGUUCUACCUCAUUUGAGCAGUCGAAGAUUGGUGGAUUUGUAUUGCUUGGCAAAGGGUGGUGAUGUUCGUUUAUUGUACAACGUCAACGAUUUCCACUGGAGUAGCAGUAAGAAAUAUGAUCUCAACGGAUCGAAAUUCGUGGAACAAAUUGGGAAACUCAGUGUUGCCAUUCAAAAGCAAAUGUUCGUUUUAUAUUGA